AUGUGCGGAGGCGCCAUCCUCGCGGAGCUGAUCCCGCCGACGCGGAGCGUGGCGUCGAAGCCGGUGACCGAGGGCCACCUCUGGCCGGCGAGCUCCAAGAAAGCCGGCAGCGGCAGCGGCAGCAACAAGAGGCACCACCACGAAUACGCCGACGCCGACGACUUUGAGGCCGCCUUCGAGGAGUUCGACGACGACUUUGACGCGUACGAAGACGACGAGGACCACCCCGACCACUUAGUGUUCUCCUCCAAAUCCGCCUUCUCCCCAGCCCACGACCGGCGCGCCGCGAGGGCGGCGGCGACCCAGAGGACGAAGCGCGGCCACCGCCACUUCCGCGGCAUCCGGCAGCGGCCCUGGGGCAAGUGGGCGGCGGAGAUCCGCGACCCGCACAAGGGCACCCGCGUCUGGCUCGGCACCUUCAACACCGCCGAGGACGCCGCCCGGGCCUACGACGUCGAGGCCCGCCGCCUCCGCGGCAGCAAGGCCAAGGUCAACUUCCCCGCAUCCGGCGCGCGCACACGCCGCGGCAAGGGCAACCCAAGAACCGCGCCGAAACCGCAGCAACACCAUGCUGCUGCAGCACAGGCACAGCCUGCUCUGCUUCUUCGAGGAGAGAAGGGGCAGGAAGGGGUUGCCGUGAAGCCUGAAACUAUGGACACGUUCGACGUGGGCAGCUUCUUCGACAUGACCUUCCCCACCUUCCCAGCCGCACCGCCGGCCAUGGAGAGCACCUUCGCCGGCAGCAGCGCCACGUCGGAGACCGGGAGCCCCGCGAAGAAACUGAGAUGCGAGGACGACUCGUCCGAGGGGAGCGUGGUGGGUGGCUCCGCGCUGGAGCUCGCUGACGAGCUGGCGUUCGAUCCGUUUAUGCUGCUGCAGAUGCCCUACUCGGGCGGGUACGUUUCCCUGGACGGCCUUUUCGCCGCAGAGGCCGUGCAGGUGCAGCAGGAUGUGAACAACGACAUGAACGGCGUCAGCCUGUGGAGCUUCGACGAGUUCCCCGUCGACGGCUCUGUUUUCUGA